AUCUUGAACGCACGAUGCAGACAUUAGCCGAGGCAUGGGCAGCAGCCUCCAAAUCGGCUCAUUACUUUCCCACACAAAGACUCGAAGAGCAAUCCUCACCAUCCAAAUUUGACGGUCAGGUUUUGGAUCAAGGCAAACAAUGUCCAUCUCAAAAGGAGGGCGGUUCAACACCGUAUCAACGCUUUUCGGACUACACGGCUAAUUUGAGAUCCCCUUACCCAAGUUGUUCCAAAGAGCAGGCGGAGGAAGAAGAGGAGGAGGGCGAAGAGGAUGAGGAUGCGGAUGCGAAUGCGGAUGACCAAGUACAGGCGCAAAAGGCUGAAUUUAGAAGUGGAACGCGAGACUUGGGCAAAUCUCCGAAAUCCUUCAAUCAUACCGAUGAAGACGCCUCCUCAGCACAGACUCGGCCAAAUCAGGCCUCUUUUCAUCACAACAAAGACCUGCCUCGAAUGUUUUCGAUAAAGUCGUCCAAUCCUGCCGUAAAACUCCAUCGUCCAUUCGAGAUACCGGCAACUUUGGACAGAGAUGACCAGCAACACCCGAGUCAUUGCUCCAGAGGCUCCAAAGAUGAAUUGGAAAAGCCUCCCAAAAUCUCAAUGAGAGUCCGGUGCACCCUAGAGCAUUCAGCCCCGAUUGGAGCGAAAGACCCGAGUUUGACGGUUCCAACUCAUUUGGAACAAAAGGAAGACGUUGAAAGUGAGGCUAUGAAAGCAGCGAAGGAGAAGCUCGUCAAUGGCUCCGGAGGCAUGACCAGCAAUGCUUUGGGACCUUUUGAUAUCGGAGUCGAGGUUCAAAGUGAUCUUGAGUUUCCCAGACUUUUGCCUAACAUUCUGGAACAACUCAAAAUCGUUCCAGAUAUGGAUGACAUCAUGGAGAUGCAAGCUGAUGUUCUGGUACCAUUCUGGAGUCCUUUAUCAUUGUCCCAAAUUCACGUUGAUGAGCGAAAGGAUCUGAUGGAUGUCAAUGGAAACACUUCUCCCGGGGGUGAUGGAACUGUCGGGUUGAUUUUUGGUCAACUAGUCAAAAACCCAGUGUUAAGAUUAAACAUCAGGGUGAAGUGUUCCAUUUCCAAAGAAAUGCGCGAUCGAGUCAUGACCUUGCUAGUGGAACAAUAUUACCGAGAUCUACGAAAGCGGACCGACGCCAUGUUCCCAUUUGGACGGUCUUUGGAACGUAGCGUUAUACCAUUAGAUACUCCAAGCCCAGACAAGAUGCACGAUCAUCACCCCAAGCUCGAGGACAAGAUGUUCCACUUGCCUCCUUCACCCCUCAGAGAUUCCAAAAACAAUCACUUUGGACCCGAUCUUGUUCCCAACUACAAGGCCGAGAUGGAUCAAAAGAUUUUGUCCAAAUGGAGCGAUCACUUUCAUACCAGCAAGUUCCAAAGGGCCAGGUCUUUGUUUGGUUCCAAUUUCUUGGAUCCAGUUCGGGCUCCACUCGAGGAUCUUCCAAGCACGUCCGCAAUGUCCACGGAACACAAAUCCGCGGUCCCCAAUUCAGCAUAUCUGGUACAAAAACCCAGAAUGCGAGUGUGUUUUGAUCCAGAGACGGAAAUCCCCCGUCUACAAAAGUGGUUCACUGACAAUAACCAUCCCAGUCGGCAGCAGGUAGAGGAGUAUGUAAAAGAAUUAAAUGCCCUGGACUCAAGACGCGGUCGGAAAUCCUUGGACGUGAACAACGUUAUAUAUUGGUUCAAAAAUACACGUGCUGCCGUCAAACGAGCCGAAAUGAAAUCACGCCAAUUCAACGAGGUUGGCCUCGGAGGAGGUUCGGCGGCUUCAUGGCCCUGGACCUCGGAUCUGAGAAACUUUUCUAGUAUAAUGAAUAGCGAUAUGGGCUUGACUGGAUCUGCUGAUAAGGGAGAGGACAUCCGAGGCAAAUUGGCGAACUUGUCCCAUAUGGAUAGUCAUGGGGAUGAUGACAAAUCGAUGGAGAGGAAAUCGCCCGAUGAGGUGUCUGUACUUUGGCCAUCCAAAGGAGAUCUCAAAGUGAGAUCUGACCUUGGUGAGGAUUCGACCAACAGUCUCGAGGAGAGCCGACGACAUGGACCAAGCCCCUUUGAAAGAUCUCCCCUGAAAGACAGGGCAGCAGGCAUUCCCAGUUUACCAUUCCCACCUUCCUUACUCUACUCGGGAUCAUCAUUAACCGACAAUCCCCUUUUCAGCCCAGGAAUGCUUUACAUGUCACAAUACAUGAACCCAUUCUUGCACGGAUCGGGAUCUUCGCCCACGUCGCCGACUUCUAUGUUUGGAUUGGAUCCUGAGAAGCGAAAGCGGAACCGGACCUUCAUUGAUCCAGUUUCGGAGGUUCCUCGUCUGGAAGAGUGGUUCCAAUUGAAUACUCAUCCUUCACAUGCUCUCAUAUCCAGAUAUACUGAAGAACUCAACCGCUUGCCAUAUCGGCAGAAGUUCCCCAAACUAGAACAAAAGAAUAUUCAGUUCUGGUUCAAGAAUCGACGAGCCAAAUGCAAGCGAAUGAACAAUUUGUAAUGCCAGACCUGGUUUAACGUUCCAUUUCUUCUCAAUUUUAGGCCAACAAUUCUAAUCUUUGUACAUUUGUCAGAUGUCGAUAACUCGUAGUCUCAUUGU